AUGUCUGGACCCCCAGCCCUGCUCUCUGCCACGGCCACACUCAGCCCCCCGCAACACGGCAGCUGUACUGCGCUGCAAGGUGCGAGCUUUUCCAAUGUCAUCGACCUGUGUGACAAGCUGGGCACCCCCAAGCUGCUGUUCCAGGUGACCAGGCUGAGCGAGAGGGCCAGUGAGCUCCUCCAGGUGUGCAGCACCUACUACGUGUGCAGGGUGGAGUUCGGAGCACCUGGGACUGAGGAGGAGGACGCGUGCUGGUCCUUCAUGCCCCUCCUGGAGCACCCCAGCCCAACGCUGGCAGAAGGAGACCAGUGGCUGUAG